CUUCAAUUCACUCUCAAAUUCUCUGUCUUUGCGGGGUCUGAUAGCCAUCCUAUUCAGGCAAUGUGCAUAAUCAACCUUGAAUACGGCAUGAUUUGAUCGUGUUCGACAUAUUCUAACACCUAUCGUCGAGGCCCUGCAGGAUGGCGGACACAACUCUACAAUCAUGGGAAUACCUGGAAACGCUGCCUGGAACCCAGUUUUAUCGGCUGUACAGGAGCCCAGCAUCUGCUCUUGCAAUCUUCAGGAAACGACUCUCAAACCUCGCGAAGACAUUCGUGAUGAUGCUUCUUUACAUGCCGCAGCCUAUGGCUGUCAAACAGCUGGAGAUGUUUGUCAAGGAUGGCAGCCGCGGCGAACGAGAACAUGCCCUGGAUCUACUACAUCGCUAUCACAUCUUCAGAGAUGUCACCCUCAACUCGGGAAAGGCCUACAGCCUCACUUCAGACUUUGCUAGAUCUCUUCGGAGUGCAUUGACAGGUGCCGGCGAGAGCAAGUCAUUUGGACAAGUUGCGAAAAUUCCCGACAAAGACAGGGCGUCGAUACCAGAACUGGACGAAUAUUCACGCCAGCGAUGGGAAGGAAUCUUGGGAUACAUGGUGGGAUCGUCAGCCACACCGCUCGACACAAAGCAGACCGCAAUUGAGCCUUCGCCUGGAGUCAUCGAGCUACUCAAAGCGGGUCACCUCAUCGAAGUCUCAGGAACGUACAGCCGUGGGCAAGCCGCAAAGAUCACAAAGGAAGGAUUCGCCUUCGUACUCCAGGACAUCAACACGCAAAUCUGGGCGUUGCUGUUUCUGUAUGUUGACAAUGCCGAAGUUUUUGAAAUGGACAAGGUCGAUGUCUUGUCGUUCCUCUUCCUGGUGUCGUCUCUAGAGCUUGGACAGGCAUAUUCGACGUCAACGCUAGACGAGACUCAGCAGCGAUGUCUUUCCGACCUCGUAUCUUUCGGAAUCGUGUAUCAGCCGACUAUCGAGGAUGGUACACCCGUGGACUACUUCUACCCAACUCGCCUGGCUACAACUCUCACAUCCGACUCUGCCACGGCACUGUCGGCAACCAAUACCACCAUAGGCUCUUCCCUGUCUCCUUCUUCUUCUUCAGGUGCUUCCAAGGGUUUCAUCAUCGUGGAGACCAAUUAUCGCGUCUACGCUUACACCUCGUCACCACUGCAGAUUGCUUUGCUGUCACUCUUUGUCAAUCUUCGCUCUCGCCAUCCAAAUCUUGUCGCCGGGAAAAUGAGCAAGUCAUCGGUCCAGCGUGCAGUACAAGCUGGAAUCACCGCCGAACAAAUCAUCUCGUACCUGACGGCACAUGCCCAUCCGCAGAUGCGCCGGCACGCACAAGCCGAGCAAGCUCAGCUGCAGGCCCGCAACACCGACCAGGGACGCGUUGUUCCCAUCCUCCCCGCCACCAUAUUGGAUCAGAUCCAUCUCUGGCAGCUGGAACGCGACAGAAUGACGACCACGCAUGGUUUUUUACUCAAGGACUUCUCCAACAACGCCGACUAUGAGGCUCCGUGCCGCUAUGCCGACGAGACCGGUGUGUUGGUUUGGAAGAGCGACAAGAAGCGCAUGUUUUUCGUGAACCGCAUUGAAGGUGUACGGCAGUUCAUGGCGGAUAGGAAAGCCAGUGCCCAAGGAUGAAAUUAGGUUCUUUGAAAAAUUGAACUCAAAUAUGCCUCAAGUGAUGCAUCGAGUCGGAAAACUGAAGGCCUGCGGCCGGACCAGCGCCGUGACUCGAUCAACUUCGGUCGCGUUUUAUGACUAGAGGCGAGAGUCCCUUCAACAUCAAAGUCACACGGACGCGCGAACGCUCUUGGUGCAACAUGAAGGCUGACAAUACAACGCUGUCUCACACCGCGCCCCCCUGUCCAUCCUCCACAUGUAUUCAGGGGAUUCGUGGCCACGGCAAGAAAGCAAGACAACAUUACGAUCGCCGCAUCUCUCCCUAUCUAUCUCCAAAAAUCUCCCGUCGACUGGACCGCUCUAGCAAUACCACCUUGGAUCAGUGAUCCAUGAUCUCCCGAGGCACAUUAUUAACCUGUGGCAUCUAGCUCUUCCUCGAGUAUGCCUCUACAUGAAGCAUUGUGUUGAUCGCCACCAGGGCGCAAGCGAAACACAGGUGGCAGGCAGGCAGGUCACGAUCGCCGCUAUUCUCCGGGUGCCAUGACACUCGUCUUGGACGGCUUCAUCGUUGCUUCUUGAUGGAUGGUAAUGGCACAAGAACCCCGACACGUGCAAAGUCGAUAUGGGUUGACUUGCGUCCGCCAUUCAUUCCGGAUCGACUCUUUCAAGGGUGUCACAAGGACUGAGUUCCCGUUAGCAUCAUGGAUAUCAUGAACCGCCAUGGAGAAACGAAUACCUAGCUAGUACAACGACAAUGAUACUGGGGGUUUUGUUCGUUCAUGGACAACCUCUUACGCACUAUAUAGACACCGCUCGGUUGCUUUCAUGUCGUUCACUUGUUUCACCUCGCAUGAUAUGCCCAGUAUGUAUAUAACCAUCUUCUCAUCAACAUCUUUG